GUUUAUUAUUACUGUUAUUAUUGUCAUUAGAUUUUGUCUUCUGCUGCUGUCAUUCAUUCAUGGAAAAGCACGGAGAUUUUGGCGAAUAAUCUUUCCUCCUCACUCUGUUACAUGCAUUGGAAACGUGUGAUCCUACCCGUUUAAGAGACCAAAAGGGCUCUUGCGUUUGCGUUGCGUGUCCUUUGCUGCGAGUUGUGUUAGAGCCGUUUCGCCGCCUGCGCAGACUCGAUUCGUGCGUCUCACGUCGACAUUUUCUUCUCUUUUCUUUCGAGAUCAGAAAUAGGCAGAGACUCCUCGCACCGUCUUUACUACACAUAUUUUUUAUAUUUGUUUUCUUUUCCGUCUUUGUAUCGGCAAUCAUGUCAGGUGAAGUGAACUUCUCGGGCUCCGACGUCGACUCGGCCGAUGAGUGGGCCAACCCGCCGCAGCGUACAAACACAGCACCCAUCGCCGCCGCUGCCGAGCAGCGCGGUGCGGCUGCCGCUGGCACGCGGAGUUUGGGGGAGAUGGACGCCGUGGAGCGCGACCUCGCAGGCGACGCCGUCCCUGUUGUGUUUGAGCUGCCCAACGGGGACCAGUACGCCGCAAAGUUCUUCAUGGGCCAGAGCGUGGAGCACCUGAAGGUGCUGCUAGAGAAGGAGAAGAAACUGCCGUACGACACGACAACGCUCUACCUUGGUGACCGCAUGCUGCUUGAUCCUCUCUCCUUGAGCGACCUGCCAUUUGAGGCGAAUGUGGAGAACCACGUGAAGGUGGUGAUGACGGCAUAG